AUGGGCAAACCAAAGCGCACACUGCUUGCCACAGCGGAGGAAACACUGAAGCCUCCCGGAACGCUUGAGAAAGGGCACGUGAUUGCCAAAAUCGUCAAUGGCGAGGGCAACAACCUUUGGUCGGUUCAAUUGCCCAACCAAUCAGAGCCAUCACUUGUGGAGCUUCCCUCGCGUUUUCGGUCGACGAUAUGGCUGAAACGUGGUGGAUACGUCGUUGUUGAUACAACCGCAUUCGGCGGACGCGAGAAUAAGCUCGAGGGCGAGGUCGCCAACGUCGUAAUGAAUGAGAAAAUCUGGAGGAAACAAGCGUACUGGUACGUCCUUGCUGUGGCUGAUAUAGCUCUGAGCUCAAGUGCACGUAGGCCAAAAGAGUUCCAGAAGACGACCGCAUAUCCCCGGGACUCCGACGAGAUGGAGUCUAAUGUGGGUCGUAUGCCGUCUCCCGAGGAUUCUGAUCUUAGUAAUUAA